AAGGAAACUUUCACUUCAUUCCCUACACAAUUUCAUUCUACAUAAAAAUAGGCACAGCAACAGAUCUAUGCAUUGUUUUCACUUUUUUGUUGAUUUUGUUAUCUUACUAGCAGGCCAAGUUUCCAAGGAAUUUAAAUACAUAUCAGAUUGCAUUUCCAGGAAUAUUGUAGAACAGAACAAAUAUUCCACUCAAUAUAUAAAGUGCUUCAGAAAGCAGUGGUUUGGUGAAGCCACGAAACUAACCAGGUAAAGUUUCAGAGCAUUUUCAGCUUUUGCCAGUUUUCUUGUCUAAUUCCUCUCCACUAACCUGUCUGUUCCGGUUACUGUAUGUCAGUUAUAGAAGAAAACGCAGUAAGCAAUAGUCUCUUUUGGACAGGAUAUUUUUACCUUUAGCAUAUAGAAAUCAUGCGUGCUUUAUACAUCCAUCUUUAGAAAUAAUUUCAGGUCAUUCAAGUCAGGAGAAAUAUUUUCACUGGAUCUGGAUUCAAUUAAAUGCAGAGGUUGUAAAAUAUGUUUAAUUUUUCAACUUAUGUUUUCAGGUUUGACACCCUGCCUCAGGAGGGUAAUCAUGUUUCUCAGAAGUACUCUGCUGGGAAUUAUUCUUUUCAGCAUCCUCUGGACAGAAACUACUCUGGCUGGCUCUAGUUUUUUAAGCCCUGAAUAUAAAAAAACACAGCAACAAAGGUAUCCAAAAAACCCCACAGCACAAUUACAUCGUCGAGACACAGAAGGUUUUUGGGAAACAGAUGAAGCAGGGGCAGAAGAUGACAGAAGCAGUAUUGAAAUUAAGUUCAAUGUUCCUUUUGAAAUCGGUGUCAAGAUAACAGAAGAAGAGUAUCAAGAAUAUGGACAAGCGCUGGAGAAGAUGCUAGGGGACAUGCUUGAGGAGACUGCUAAAGAAACUCAGAUGAGAAACUGAGGCAAGAUGAAGGACAAAUACAGCACUAGAUGGCCUGUUUUGUUUUAAAUUUUACUUUAAAAUGAAAUUAUUACUAAUUUCACAACUCUAAAGAAGAAGGAAGUAUGUGAACCUGAACAGUUUGCCCUGACAGACUUUGGAACGGAUUAUCUUUUAAGGAAGAAUACAAGACCUAGAGCCAAAAAAAAGAAAGAGCAAGGUUAAUCACAGGCUGACACGCAGGCUUAUUUUCUUAUUUAUUCUCUUUUCCUUAGUAAAUAUAGUGAUUAUUCUAAAUGACAUGUUUAAAGGCUAUAUGAAUCCUCCCUAAAACUGGUGGAAACGUCUUCUUAUACUUCUGUACACAUAUAUAAUAGAAAAUAAAGCUUAUGCUGA